UUGUUCCUUGAACUACAAGUCAAGUUUAACGCAGCCACAAGCCGCUCGAUAAUGUGCCAGUCUCAGCACAGUCACAGACUGUCAUUAGUGCUGUUAUGAUGGCAUUAAACUGCGGCACAUUCAGUCGGCUUAUCUCUGGAGCUCACACCGCGGCUGAGGCCUGCGCACAGCGGGCACUUCAACACACAUGUGGGAGAUACAGAGUGUGUCGAAGAAGGUAUUCCAGUGUCACUCCUGAAGAGAAUAGACUGGAGCAGGUGUGUGUGUCAGACUCUGACACAACUCCACAGGUCCGAGAGCUUGUGGUUCCAGGUGGUCAUCGACGAGUCCUGAAGGACGUCCUGCCUUUCUCAGCAUUUCUGACCGACUCUUUUGGACGGAGGCAUAAUUACCUUCGCAUAUCCCUCACUGAGAAAUGUAACCUCCGCUGUCAGUACUGUAUGCCACAAGAAGGAGUAAAGCUCAGCCCUCGCUCUCAGCUCCUAACAACAGAGGAGCUACUGACGCUAGCCAGACUCUUCGUACGACAGGGGGUGAACAAGAUCCGGCUGACUGGAGGAGAGCCUCUCAUUCGCCCGGACGCGCUGCAUAUCAUAGCGGAAUUGAGGAAGUUGGAGGGUCUGAAGACCAUCGCAGUCACCACAAACGGCAUGAAUCUGAGCCGGCUGUUGCCCGGUUUGAAGAAAGCUGGAGUGGAUCUGCUCAACAUCAGCCUGGACACACUCGUCCCCGCCAAAUUUGAGUUCAUCGCUAGACGAAAAGGGUUUCAUAAAGUGAGAGAAGGCAUUGAAGAGGCUAUUGAAAUGGGCUACGAUCCAGUCAAGGUGAACUGUGUGGUCAUGAGAGGUCUGAAUGAAGACGAGUUGGUUGACUUUGUGUCUCUAACAGAGAGGAAACCAUUGGAUGUGAGAUUCAUCGAGUACAUGCCGUUUGAUGGGAACAGAUGGAACUUCAAGAUGAUGGUGAGCUUUCAGGAGAUGCUGGACUGUAUCAAGCAAAAAUGGCCCAAUCUUGAACCUGUGCCUGGAGAGGACAACGACACAGCCAAGGCGUUUAGAGUACCAGGAUUUCGAGGCCAGCUGGGCUUCAUUACCUCCAUGUCAGAUCAUUUCUGUGGUUCCUGUAACCGCCUGCGCAUCACCGCCGAUGGCAACCUGAAGGUUUGUUUGUUUGGGAAUUCAGAGGUGUCUUUGAGGGAUAUUCUGCGCUCUGGAGCAUCUGAAGAGGAACUACUGCACAUCAUAGGGGCAGCAGUCGGGAGGAAGAAGAAACAGCAUGCAGGGAUGUUCAAUAUAUCUCAGAUGAAGAACAGGCCGAUGAUCCUCAUUGAUGGACAUCACGGCCGGCGUCUCCCUCUCAUCCACAGCAUUGAUCCAGCAUCUUCUUUACCACAUCACACUCAACACGACACAAGCGCUUGUGUUAAUGAUGCACAAGGCUUGACUCAUUUUCAUAGAAUGGAUAAUCCCAUGAUGAGCAUUAAUAAUCUAAGACACACGUCCGCAGCCUCAUUGGCACUUCCCGGUUCCUCAAAACCUCCUACACGCAGGUCUCGCCCAACUCAGCUACAGUCCAAAACAUUGGCUCCUGUCCCCCUUCCCAGUGCACUACUGUCCACAUACAGAUUUAGAGAUUCAUCUGUGCAGUUUGCACGCCACUGCCACAAAAAAACAGGGUUCGAUUUGAAAAUGCCGCAUACAGACGCACAAUCGUCCAGCUUUGAUGGAACCUCUGACGUGUUGACCCACACUGAUGCCCAGGGUAAAGCCUCCAUGGUUAAUGUGGGCAGUAAGGCGGUAACUUGUCGCACAGCCACAGCUUGUGGUAAAGUCAUCCUGGGUCCAAAAGCUUUUCAUCUGGUGUGCGUCAACCAGCUCGCCAAGGGCGAUGCCCUAGCGGUAGCAAAGCUAGCGGGCAUCAUGGGUGCCAAGCAGACCUCAUCCCUCAUUCCCCUCUGUCACCCGCUUCCUCUGGACCACGUGUCCGUCACCAUCGAGCUGCUGGAAGAGGCACAUGCCGUCAUCGUGAAGGCGACCUGCCAAACCACGGGCCGCACAGGAGUGGAGAUGGAGGCCCUGAGCGCCGUCACCGUCGCCUCGCUAACUCUCUACGACAUGUGCAAGUCAGUCAGCCGGGACAUUAUCAUCACUGACAUCAAGUUACUCAGCAAGACGGGUGGGCAGAGAGGAGAUUUCCAUCGCUGACCGACUCCUAAAGAACGCACAUCAACCUGAGGGAAUGUAGCUUAGCUCUUCUAUAGCACUACGUGCCUUCAGACGACUCUAGCUGAUCCGCUAAUGGUCAUAAGAGCUGUUCCUGUGUCUUAAUGUGAUUUAUUCAAGUGAGAAUCAUUUACUUAACACAAAGAAUACUAUAUUUUGGUCUAGAUGUAUUUUGAUAAUGAUAAUAAACAGCAUUUCUAUGAGGAUACCUAUUUUGCUUUGAAAACGUUUUACUUGCACCUGAGCAAAAAUUGAGCAAAACUGAUGUUUCGAAAAAAGAUGGUUUGAAAAAUGA